AGCACAUUACUGUGUUCCUGCUCCAGGGAGAAGUAUCACCCAGAAGGACAGCAAAAGAGUGAAGCAGAGGACUGUCUCUUGGAAGGUUCAAAGAUAAAUUCAGGAAAAAGAACCGAACAACAAUGCUGAGAUUUGCUGUCACCCUCUUUGCUGUCAUAAUGUCAUCUACCUGCCAAAAAUAUGGAUGUCUAGAAGGCGACACCCACAAACUGAAGCCAAGUCCUGAGCCAAAUAUGCAUGAGUGCACACUGUACUCUAAAUCUUCCUGUUGCUAUGCAGACUUCACAGAGCAAUUGGCUCAUUCCCCAGUAAUUAAAGUAAGCAACAGCUACUGGAACAGAUGUGGGCAGCUCAGUAAAUCCUGCGAAGAUUUCACAAAGAAAACAGAGUGCUUUUACCGGUGUUCUCCACAUGCUGCUCGCUGGAUCCACCCCAACGACACUGCUGCUAUUCAGUCUGUUCCACUGUGUCAAAGCUUUUGUGAUGACUGGUAUGAAGCCUGCAGAGAUGAUUCCACAUGUGUUCAUAACUGGCUGACGGACUGGGAAUGGGAUGAAAGUGGAGAAAACCACUGUAAGAAUAAAUGUAUUCCAUACAGUGAGAUGUAUGCAAAUGGGACUGACAUGUGCCAGAAUAUGUGGGGGCAGUCAUUUAAGGUGAGCGAAUCCUCCUGCCUCUGCUUGCAAAUGAACAAGAAGGACAUGAUGGCAAUCAAGUACCUCCUCUCCGAAAGCUCAGAGGAAAGCUCCAGCAGCAGCAGCAGCAGCAGCAGCGAGGAGCAUGCCUGCCAAAAGAAACUCCUGAAGUUUGAGAAACUAAAGAGAGAGGAAGGGGAACAGAUAAGAUAAAUGGUGGUGGGUGUAUGUCAGGACAAGAUAAAUUUUCGUGGAGGCUGGGCUCAGAGCAUCAUGCCAGCCUGCUUUAUCCCUUACCUCCUAGAACAUAAUAAAUCAGUGGCUGGUUAUAUUAA